AUGUCCUGGGAAGGGUUUAAAAAAGCAGUCAGUAGGGCCGGAGCCUCGGUAGCCGUUAAGGAAGUUGAUAAGACUAUUGAUAAAGAUUUUGAUGUUGAAGAAAGAAGAUAUAAAACAUUAAAGACCAACGGACUUAGUAUCCAAACUGCCACCAAGGGAUAUUUGGAUUCCGUGAGAGCAGUUACUGCAUCCCAAGUUACCAUUGCGGAGAUUGUAUCCAAUUUGUAUGAAGAGGCCAAACAAGGAGCCAGUGUAUAUUCGGACGUCGGGGGAUACUAUUUACAAGCAGUCCGGGACUUUGAUGAAGAGACGGUUAAACAAAUAGACGGACCAUUCAGAGAAACCAUAUUAGAUCCCGUUACUAAAUUUAGUGGAUAUUUUAACGAAAUUGAUGAUGCUAUCAAAAAGAGAAGUCAUAAAAAAAUCGAUUAUGAUCUGUGUAAAGCUAAAGUACGUAAGUUAAUUGAUAAACCAGCAAAAGAUGCCGGUAAAUUACCUAGGGCCGAAAAAGAAUUAGCGGUUGCCAAAGACAUUUUUGAAGAUUUAAAUGAACAAUUAAAAGCCGAAUUACCAGAAUUAAUUAAAUUAAGAGUACCAUAUUAUGAUCCAUCAUUUGAGGCUUUAGUUAAAAUUCAAAUGAAAUUUUGUACCGAAGGUUAUUCAAGAUUAGCACAAGUCCAACAAUUUUUAGAGCAAAGUUCAAGAGACGAAUACGCCAAUGGUUUACUAGAUGGGAAAAUUGAUGAUCUUUUGGUGCAAAUGAAUGGUUUGAGCAUUGCAACUUUAGGUCAUAAGUAA